AAGUUGUCAUCGAAUCGUUCCGUUCGUCUCCUCCAUCCCAAGCCCAGCCAGAAACGAAGCCUCGCAGCACCGCGCGACGAGCCGAAAAAUAACAGCGACAAUGUCGAGUUCCAACAACCUUGUAGCCAUGAAAAAGGUCGUGCAGCAGUUGCGCUUCGAGGCGAGCAUAAACAGAGUGAAGGUGUCCCAAGCAGCUGCGGACCUCCAGCAGUUUUGCAUGCAGAACGCCUUGCAAGACCCCUUGCUCACUGGCGUAUCAUCCAGCACCAACCCAUUUAGGCCACAGAAGGUCUGCUCUUUCUUGUGAACUCGCCGCGGUCAUUUGGCGUUUAUUUUGAUGCUACAGGGAAACGUCGACCUCAACACUGCUCCUCAUGCCAAGCCAUUAAAACUGCCACGAGGGGGGGGGGGUAGUGUGGAUUUUUAAUUAAUUGUGCCUUUUCUAUUCUAUUUUAGUCAUCACUCUUCUGGACUUUUUUGUAUUUAACGAAUAAAAACAUUCUUUGUUACUCCAAA